UGUGUAAAUCUAUGCCACUGCCAUUUGGCUCUAGCUCUCAGUCCUCACACACAGUGCUGCCGUGAACCUAUCCAAGUAAAGACCUCCACCAGGACCAAGCUGACCAUAUACACCUGCUCAUCCCUAGAGCAUAAGCUAGGCCAACUCAGCGUGGCCCAUUUGUGUUUAUUUCGCCAGAAGCAGAGCAUAGAAGAGGAGGAAACCUGUGAGACACCAUGCAAAAGAGCACAAAGGUGAAGAUCACAUUUGUGGUCAUCCUGAUAGGUAUAGUGUGCAUGUUCAUAGCCGUGGUGACAGAUCACUGGGCUGUGUUAAGCCAUAAGGUGGACAAUGUAAACAGUACUUGUGAGGCAGCCCAUUUCGGCUUGUGGAGGCUCUGCAAGAAGCACAUUUACAUCGAUGAUCCAGAGACCGUGGGGAAAGGAUGUGGCCCACUCAGUCUGCCAGGAGAGGUCAACUGCUCCUACUUCAGACACUUCAAUCCUGGACAAGACUCUGAGAUAUUUGAGGUUAAAACACAGAGAGAGUACAACAUCUCAGCAGCAGCCAUUGCUGUUUUCAGCCUGGCCUUCAUUAUUCUGGGAACUCUGUGCGUUCUGGGAUCUCUAAGGAAAGGCAAGGACUAUCUCCACAAACCUGCUGGAAUGUUUUAUGCAUUCGCUGGUGUAUGUGCCAUUAUUUCUGUGGAGGUGAUGAGGCAGUCAGUAAAGAGGAUGAUUGAGAGCGAGGAGACCAUCUGGAUUGAGUACUACUACUCCUGGUCCUUCGCCUGCGCCUGCACAGCCUUCGUCUUCCUCUUCCUCAGUGGGAUUGCCCUCCUUCUCCUCUCCAUGCCCCACAUGCCUAAGAACCCAUGGGAGACCUGCAUGGACGCUGAGCCUGAACACAUUUAAUAAAGCCAGGCCAUGUUUAAUCAUAUUCGUUCUGUUAGCCAUUAUAGUUGCUGCAUGGAAACAUGGGGCUCAUAGAAACACAACUGAUUUUGAUUUUCAUAUUGUUUUGGGAGACUCCAGUGUCUUCUUUUGAUAUUGUGUUACCGGGACAUAGCUGGAGGGAAUUCGGAUUUGAACCUCCCUGAAAUAUUUUAUGACAGUUCCAUAUUAUGAUGCUUAUUCAUGAAUGGUUAACAUAAUGGAACUGAUAUAACAUGUUUUGCACUGUAAAUGUGCUAUAAUCAUGUUCAUAAAAAGUAUCCAUAUUAACAUCAAAUGUUAAUCAAACGCAUCCCUUAGUUUGGUUUAAUCCUAUUUUAUUGGCUACCAGCUGCUAUACAAGCUUAACCAAGCAGGAUCAGGCAUGUAUCCUGUUUGUGUUUGAAAGCUACCAGCCAGCUAGCUAUACUCUAAGCAUAGCAAUAUCAAAGUGCCAGCCGAUGAAGUAAAUCAUGACAAAUUCUGAAUAUCAUUAUCGGUCCUACUACUAACACAAAUUGCAUGAGCAUGUCACACUUAUCAAUUAAAUUUUUUAAUGCUAAAUCAUUUCACAUAUUUCUUCACCCCAACCGCCCCAACCCCCACUUUCCCCCCUUCCUGGAAUUAUUUCCUAGCUAUACCACCAAUGUGUUACUAUCGUCAGGUCAGUAAGGGUUGGACACAUCAACAUUUUGUGAGCUAUGGUUGGUAAAAAUCCUUGACUUGUGAACAUGAGCUCAUUGUGAACCUUACUGAAGAACUAGGCCUUCAAUUAACCAUCCUACUUUCUGAUAUGAAAAUUAAAACUGUGCCAUCAUGGUCUAAAUCUGUAUAGCACUAGCAAGCAGUUGACGUGAGUGAAUAGAGUUCUGCUUUAAAUGUGUGUUUCGUGUUUUAUUGCUGUAUAUAUACAGACCAUUUGUACUUUUGGGCUGUCAGGAACUCAUCCCAAAAGUGACUCACUCGGAAAUGAGUGACACUGAUGCAAUUCGAAAUGACGAACAUAACAUUUGCUGAAUUGUCAUCUUCUAUAAAGUGAUUCUGCAUUUUAUUUCUAUUUAUUCCUGCUUGAUAUACCGAGCUGUGGAUUCGUGGACAUGUCUGUACAAGUCCUCUAUGCUAGCCUUGUUCCGAGACACACUAGAUCUGUGUCUCUGCUUUCAGCUCUGAACAGAAUGUUAAUAUGCAGUUUGCCAUGGCCUCUGAAUGUCUGGCCAGAAAUUUUGGAGUGCUUUCAGUUCUGGCAGGUGUGAACACAAAUGCUGUCUUUUGCUCUUUUGGAGUUUCAUGUGUAAAAAAACACAUCUAGCAACAGCUAGUUCUAUCGCUGCAGUGCCAAUCCGGCCUCACCUGCCCUGCAGAGUUCCACACACAUCUUACACUACUCUUCAACGCUUCCAGUUCAGAUGUUCACUGUUUUCAGUAUUCUUCAUGCACCAGAGGCAGUCUUAGCUUUCUUAAUUCCACUGGACCUGAAACUUGUGCCUUAAAAUUUAAAGAUAUUUCAAAUGGACUCACAUAUGCAGUAUAUUUCAUGGUGUAAUAAUAUCAUCUAUGCAUGCUUUUUACUGGCACCUAUUGGUUAGUGAGCUUUAAAAGCACAUUGAAGUAUAGCUAUGAAUGACUGUUCCAGAUCUUUUGAGUUUUUCGUUAUUGUACUUUAUACAAAUUUGCUAAAAAAUCGAAUAAUUUAAUUCAUAUUUUAGUUUAUUAUAUAUGUUGGCUUUGUGUUAUGGAAGUGAAACAUGAAUAUUUCUUUUACACUCUUGUAUGUCUUGCACAGUUUGGUGAUUUUCCUGAUUAAAUAUAUUUGAUUAAACUCAUUACUUAACCAGGUUUGGUACAUUUAAUUAUCUGACAGUGCUCAUGAAGCUUGUAGACGGAAGAAAUAUGAUGGAAUGAUUAAACGAGACUCAUUUCCCACCAUUAGUUUAUUGCUGUUGCUUCUAGCUAUUAAAAUCUCUGUCUCUUGGUCAACUGUGUAAGCAAAUGGAAAAUACAUUGGACUUCACUUUCAGGUUCUAAGGGCUGUGCUAUAGCUUUUGUAGAUUUCCUCUAUAGUUUAAUUAAACUUAUUUUUGGAGUACCAUGCAGUUGAAAUUGUUAUUAUAAAUUCCAUUUCUUACUUACUGAAGACUGACUUUUUUCAAAGUGUAGCCUUCAUUUUUUUCAUUAUUAAUUAUGUGCAUGCUUAAACUGAGAGUUUUCAGAUAUAUUGUAGAUAUACAUACUGUAUUUCACCCUUCUAUAUCUGCCAUUCUGAAAAAGUUCAGAUGUAUGCAUCCUAUGUCAAGACUUUUUAUUGGAAAAUAAAUGCAGUUAAUGAGA